AUGCAGAAGAGCGAGGAUGACGUCGCAAUGGCGCAGCUCAUGGGGCGGGCGCGCUCGGGGCGCAUCCGCAUCGCCACGCUGCAGCACGCGCGGGCGUUUGCGCUGAGCCAGACGGUCUACAGCAGCGAGACGCGCACGGGGGACAACCGCAAGGUCUACGCGGUCCCGCAAGUGCCGCCGGUCGAGGAGGCGAUGCGGGAGCUCAACCAGACCAUCCAGGAUGCUACUGGCAGCAGGCCUAUGACGCGGUGGGGGCGGGUGUCGCCCAUCGUUGCGGGGCGCGUGCGCGGCGGGAAGCUCCCGCGCGUCGCAGGUGGUGCCGCGCUCCUGAAGCGGCAGGCCUCCAGGGCCACCACGUUCGAGAACGCCGUCACGAGCAGGCGCGAGGACCUGGAGGAGUUUUCCGAGGCCGUCGAGCAUCGCGCGAAGAGCGCGCUCGAGAAACGCCGCAAAGCCAUGGACGCACGCGGCGUCUUCGACCCCGCCGUCAACCGCAUCCGCAUGCGCAGCCAGCUCCGCGUCGCGCACCGCCGCAAGCUCAUGGUCGUACCGAACAAGGGCGGCGGCUCGCCCGCGCGCACCCGCUCGCUGCAGACCGCCACGAGCGGGCUCUUUCCGACUGCGGACUCGCCCCGGAAGUCCCCGAUGAAACGCGCCGUCUCGCUCGCGCCGUUCCGCCGCAGCAAGUCGAUUGCCGCGCACGCGCUCGAGCGGCUGUACCCGAUGAGCAUCGCGAAGAUCCGGCCGGCGGAUACGCUGCUCGGGAGGCUGCAGGGUAUCAUGGGGCUCCUGUGCGAGGCCGACGGGGAGACGCCGCCGCCGGGGAUGGCGCUCGCGGACGUCAACGGGCCCUCCCGGAAGCCCCAGCAAACUGGGUUUGAUGUGGAGGCUCGGAUUCUGGAGGCGCUCGAGGGCACGCAGGCCCGCGAGAAGGCCCGGAAGGCGCGCCAGGAGUUCCAGCGCCUCCUCGGCGAGCGCCUCGACGGCAGCCUCAACGCCAACCUCGACCGCCUAGCGCGCGGGCACUUGGAAGUGAUCGGCGCCCUGCGGGAGCGCCUGGACGCGAUCCGCGACGUCAAGGCGCAGAUCGCGGAGGCGAAGAAGCGCUCGUCGCUGCUCGGCGGCGGCGACGGCGCGGCUGCGCCGGACGCGUCCGGGCACAGCGCGCCGGCGCCGGCGCCAGCGUCACCGCUGCCGUUCGGCGAGGGCGGCUCGGUGGCGUCGCCCCUGGACGGCGUGCGGCGGCAGCGGCGCACGAGCGUGGCGAUCGCGACGCACCCGGGCCAGGCGUGGGCGGCGCAGGAGGACACGGGGUACCUAGGGUUGGCCAAGAUCAUGGCGGAGCUGGUGCACGCGGAGCAGGAGGGUUGGGGGGCGUACGUGGACCGCGCGACGACGCCGGGCGAGGACGGGCGGCUGAUGCCGACGGUGACGCUGGAGGCGGCGGAGCUGGCGGCGCAGGAGAUCGACGAGAUGCGGAAACGCAACGCGAUGAUUGGGAUCGACACGAAGGCGCUGCUCGAGGUGCUGGGGCGGAGCGUGGAGGAGAGCCGGUCGCAGAUCCGGAAGUUCGGGGUGCCGGAGGACCAGCUGCACGCGCGCGGCACGCGCGCCGCAGCUGCGCGGCGGAAGAAGCGGGCGAAGCGCCUUGCGGCCGUGACGGGCGCGAUGGCGGCCAAGCGCGCAGAGGUGCCGGCGAGGGGGCGGACGAGCGAGUGGGACAGCGUGUCGGACGCCAGCGGCGGGGGCUCCCGCGCGGGCGAUGCGCACGCGUCGGACGACGCCAGCGAGUGGUCGAGCUUCGACGAGGAGGACUUUUUGUCCACACCCCCCGAAACACCUCCCCAGCGCGGGGCGUCCGUGACGCCCCCGGGCACCGGGCACGCGCAGCGCGCGUCCGCGCGCCACGCCCGCGCAAAACAACCCUCGCAACACAUGAAGGGCCGCAGCCACCGCCACCAGCACCUGGGCGAUUCCUCGCAGCCCGCAACGAUCGACGUGCACGACGGCGGCAUCGGGCCGGGCCCGAAACCCCGCGGGCCGUCGCCGCCGCGCCGCGAGCAGCGCCCGUCGCACUCCGGAAUCGUCCUGCAGGAGGCGCUGCAACUCCAAAAGUCGCUGCGGCUGAACUACUUCGCUGACUUGACGACGCGCGCGUCGACGCUCGACGCGACGGACGUGCAGGCCGCGGCGGAGGCCGCGGCGUCCGGCCGGGCGUCGACGGAGGCGUCUGUGGAGGAGGAGGCCGAGGUAGAACUCAAUAGGUUUUUGCGUUCUGCGACCUUCAGUCUGUCGGCGCGGCAGCAGUCGGUGGUGCUGCGGCGCGUGCCGACGAGCGCGUCGCGUGCGUCGAACUUCGACUGGUCGGAUUCCGGCGACGACGACGACGGGAGCGGGGAGCUCGUGCACGCCAAGAGCUUGGGGGUCGCGAAUGACCGGCGGACGGGGGAGUUCGCGCGCACGCGCACGAGCAAGACCGAGGUGGGCAGCGGCAGGCGGCAGGCAACGGUGUCGUUCGAGCCGCCGGGCGCGUCCGGGCGCGGCUCGACGGGGAAGAGCCGCGCCUCCGGGGGAGUGCGGUUCCUGUCGGACGGGGACGGCCCGGCGGAGGCCGAGCCCGCCGAGGCCGCGCGCGGGCUGUCCGCGGUGUCGGAGAAGGACGAGGCGUCGGUGGCGCCGACGGCGGCGGACACCCCCGGGGACUCUCUGGCGGUCAGUCCGGAGCCCUCGCGGGCGGGCGGAGACACCCCCCUGGCGCCGCACAUGCCCGAGAAGGGCCUGCGUGCGCAGCAGGAGCUGCUGUACGCGCGGCUGGAGCGCAUUUGGCGGCUGCUGGGCAUGCCGACGUGGCAGCAGCAGGACAUGGCGCGGAGGUACGCGCUGGAGGGGGCGGCGACGGGGCAGGCGCUGCGGCUGGCGGAGGCCGUGGAGGUGUGGGAGACGGGCGUGUCGGCGACGCUGGAGCGGGAGCGGGCCGUGCGGGACCUGCAGGCGAUGUCGCCGGGCCUCCUGCAGACAGCGCAGGCGGGUGCGUCGAUCUCGGAGGCAGAUGCGCGCCAAGUCGAGGGGGUCUGCGGGCGCCUCCUGUACGCGCAGCGCAUCGCGGCGGACAUCCGCGACAUCCUGGACGCCGAGUUCGGCGACACGCUGACGUACCACGGGCAGCGGUACCCGCCCGACCCCGCUGACAUCACCACCGCGCACGUGACGGAGGUGGUCGCGCUGGCGUGGCGCCUCGCCGGGGUCGAGGUGGACGUGGACGACACGGGGGCGUCGAGCUCCGUAGCGCCUUCCGAGUAG